UUACAAAAAAAAAAAAAAAGCUCAAAAAUUGUUCCAACAAUGGCUUCCUUACAAGCUUCAUCUCUCCUCUUAGCUUCCUCUUCUUCAAGAACAAGAAGAAUUUCCCAAGCCGCAAUUCACGUCCCAAAGCUUCCUAAUCUCCGAAUCUCAGCUUCCAGACUAUCAAAAACUUCCACCGCCUCCGUUAAAAUGAUUGAAGAACUCUGUUUAAACCAACCCAUUAUUAAUGUGAUUCCCUCAGAAUCCCCUUUCAAAUCACAGCUUCAAGCCAUCUUAGACGCCGUAGCCGACCGUGUCGAAAUGCACAACAACAUCCGCCAACAGCGAGACAAUUGGAAUUCACUUUUCCUUAAUUCCAUCAACAUGAUCACUCUCACCGCUUCCGCCCUCUCCGCUGCUGCACCCGCCGUCGGUGCCCUCGGAGCUCCUCUUUUGGCUCUGAAAUUGUCAUCGGCUCUGCUUUUCUCUGCUGCAACAGGGAUGUUGGUGAUGGUGAACAAAAUUCAACCCUCUCAACUGGCUGAGGAGCAGCGAAAUGCGGCUAGAUUAUUCAAGCUACUCCAAUCCCAAAUUCAAAGCUUGAUUAUGACUGGAGCUCCCACUCAAAUGGACGUCGAUUCCGCCAUGGAAAAAGUGUUGGCGCUCGAUAAAGCAUACCCACUUCCUUUACUUGGCGUAAUGCUUGAAAAAUUUCCCAAAACACUCGAGCCGGCUUCGUGGUGGCCCAAUUCUUCUAACGAUUAUGAAUCUCAGACGAAGGACGAAAAGGCCCAUUUUGAUGGAAAGCAACGUCGAGAUUCCAAUGGGUGGAGCGAUGAACUUGAGGCCGAAAUGAGAGAGGUCGUUGAAAUCGUAAAGACAAAAGACGCUGAAGACUACGUCAGACUUGGGAAUUUAGUUUUGAAGGUUAAUAAAACAUUGGCAAUAUCGGGCCCUGUUCUCACCGGCCUUGCGGCUUUGAGCUCUGCUUUUGUGGGUGAUUGGUCAUCGGCAGGGAUGGUGGUGGCGGCGGCGGCCGGAUCUUUGGCAGCCGCCGUGAAUGCGUUAGAGCAUGGUGGGCAAGUUGGAAUGGUGUUUGAGAUGUAUAGAAACUCCGCCGGCUUCUUUGGGCUACUGGAAGAAUCGAUUAAAGGGACGCUUGAGGAGAAGGAUUGGGAGAAGAGGGAAAAUGGGCACGUGUUUGAAAGGAAAGUGGCUUUGAAAUUGGGGAGAAGCUUAUCUCAGCUCAGACAAUUGGCUACCAAAUCAGCUGCAGCAAGAGAAGAGGGGAUUUCCAUAGAUGAAUUUGCCAGCAAGCUUUUUUGAUUUAUUUUUUCUUUUGAAGUUCUGAUUCUUUAUUCUUUGAG